UCGGAAUUUGCCGGGAAGCCAUGUCGGAGUUCGGAGUCAUAGUUAAUUUUAGGUAAACGGUUGUUGAGGUAUAGACUUCGGGUGUGGUGGACCUUUGCCAUAAUAAUUUGGUGAACAGGCGAGGAAUUUUGGGGGACAGGAUGCUACCCUAGCUAUUAAUAUAUAUAUUGAAAUUCCAUUAUUUUUAAAAAUGCCCCCAGAUUUAACCUUCAAACUAAGACAAUUUUGGCCCAAAACCUUAAAAAUUUUAUUAUUUUUUAAACUUUAUUUAAAGAUUUGGCUUGUUCGUAUGGCAGAAGAGGAAAUUAGAAUAUGCCUAGAGAAAGAAACUUUGGAUGUUUGGGUUAAUGGCUCGAAAGUCGAAACAACCGGAGAGUUUGUGGAGGAGGGCGGUACCAAAACACACUUUGAAAUUGGAGCCGGAGCUAGUGCUUAUAUUAUAUCCCAGAGCAGUGGAAAAAGGCAAAUUGGACUAGUUCACCAACUUUAUGUGAAUGAUGCGCUGAUUAGACCUUGUGAGGGUAAUGAAGAUCAAGCAGUCAUUACAUCAAUGGAUAACGAAAAGUGA